AUGGAUGGGGAGCUACAGAGGCUGCAGGAGCAGGUGGGGCAGCUCCAAGCAGAGAAUGAGAGACUUGCCUUGACACAAAAUGGAGGUACUGGGGACAAUGUUAGAGAAAAUGGUAUCAAACCUGCAUGGUGGGAGCAAAAGUAUCAGCAGCGAGGCUUUGCCAUUUUCCUGAGGUUUCUCUCCAAUGUGUGUAACAACCAAGUCAACUUAAAAUCAUACAGAACUGGACUAGCUGCAUAUUUUGGAGGACUGCUUAGAGUGCCAUUCACAGAAGCACAAGGUCUUUCAAUGCAUUUCCAGUCUGGCCUUGCAAAAUGCUGCUCACAACCCGAAUAUUUGUUCCAGUUUGGAGUGAAACACACAUCGGUCUCAUUGCCAGUGCUGACAACCAUCCUGUUUAAAAUCAGAUGUGUAGUGGAAGCUUGCUGCUCUGGCACUGAUGAUGCCACAGCAUGUUUAAAAGAAAAGGAAAGCAAAUUGGAAAAAAUGGCAACACUACUAUCCAAGAUGGACAGCUUCUGCUCACAUUACUUUAAACUUGAGUUGCCUACAUUCAAAAUAAUGGUCCAGCAGGAGUUCCAGGGAAAGGAGGCCAAGCACCAGGCAUGGCUUGAUUUGACUACCAGUUGUUGUUCUCAAAACUCGCCUGCACAGAUAUGCCAAAAACUGACAAAGGUGGUCAUUAAGCAUGAGGAUGAUGCUACAGCUUAA